GUUAUUACAAAUAAUAAUAAAAACAAUUUGUUUAGAAAAUACAUUUUAAUUUAACACGUACUUUCAAGUCCUGGUGACAAAUAAAACGUGCUAACUUAAGCACGAGAGGCUUGAGUCUAGUGAUAGCACAUAGCUUUGCACGCUCAGGAAAAUAGCAUUAUAUAAUACACGCGUGUUAAACUGGUGGCCCAGGGGCCAGAUCCGGCCCGCCACAUCAUUUUAUGUGGCCCGCAAAAGCAAAUCAAAAUGGCUAAUUGUGUUCUGGUGUAAUAACAUUGAGAUAUUUGCAAGCAUUUUUUUGUUUGUUACCAAUACCCCUUUGAAAAGAUAUGUAAUAGUUGAAAAACAUGUUCUUAUAGGCUUCGGAUUUCAAAACUGGUUAUUCAUCAAUGUGUUGUGUAUACUGUGUUAUAUGAGGUAAUCUUUUCGUUUAUAUGGGUUCACAGUAAUAGCGGCCCUCCGGGGGAAAUCAUAACUGCGAUGUGGCCCAUGACAAAGAUGAGUUUGACACCCCUGAUAAUAGUUUGCGUUACAGUGGAACCUCGAUAAAACGGACCCCGAUAUAAAGGAUAUCGGCUCAAACGUAAAGUCGGGACUGAACAAUAUGUCCAAAAAAUAGUUUCCAUUUGUCACUUAAACUGCUGUCAAAGUUUGUGAGUUCCAGAAUUGGCCGCUGUUGUUUACUGGUACAGGAAGCACAGGAAUUCCUCGCGGCUCAUGAAAGCGACUCGCCUACAAUGAGUAUUGUACGUCCACAAUAUCACCAUGACCAAGCAAGCAAGGACGUCCUGAGUGAGGGAAGGCGAGUGUGUCCUCUGAGGCAAAGUACUAUGUGUGUGUUGCAUUCCUUUGCAUCCACUCUGUUGGCUCUUCAGUCGGAGGUUGAGGGGCGCUCAGAGAGGACACGCAAGCAGGAGCACCCCGAAUGAGCAUCAUGCAGGCUGACGGUAAAGUGGCUGACGGCAGCCUACUGGGGGAUGCCAAUGGCGUGGAGCCCACGCCGGGCCGAGGGAAAGAUUCUGGGAAGUGGCAGAAGCCGCGGUUCUCUCGCAAAGCUCUGAUGAAGUGCUGCCUGGUCAAAUGGAUCAUUGCCAGCACGCAGCCUCAGGACAAAGAGAGCAGUGACAGUGAUCUGGAGCUGUCGACGGUGCGUCACCAGCCGGAGGGUCUGGACCAGCUUCAGACUCAGACCAAGUUCACCAGGAAGGAGCUUCAGUCCCUCUACAGGGGCUUCAAAAAUGAGUGUCCCAGCGGGCUGGUUGAUGAGGAGACAUUCAAGUCCAUCUAUUCUCAGUUCUUUCCCCAAGGAGACGCGACCACGUACGCUCACUUCCUCUUCAACGCCUUCGACAUCGACAGGAAUGGCUCGAUCCGCUUUGAAGACUUUGUCAUCGGCCUGUCCGUGCUCCUCAGAGGCUCCGUCACAGAGAAGCUCAACUGGGCAUUCAACCUCUAUGACAUCAACAAAGAUGGCUACAUCACCAAAGAGGAGAUGCUAGCAAUAAUGAAGUCCAUUUACGACAUGAUGGGCAGGUACACGUACCCAUGUGUGCGAGACGAGGCUCCGUCUGAGCACGUGGACAAGUUCUUCCAGAAAAUGGACAGAAACAGAGAUGGUGUUGUAACCAUUGAAGAGUUCAUUGAGACCUGCCAGAAGGAUGAGAACAUCAUGAACUCCAUGCAGCUGUUUGAGAACGUUAUCUAAUGUAUCAUCAGGAUGCUCUGAGAUCAUUUUUUUUUCAUACAGCACACCCUCACAAACACAGCACACCCAUCACGCACACUCCAAACACCAAAUAGAGGACAUCUUGGCACUUAAUGUAAGUAGUGUAAAAAUACAGAGAGGAUUUUUCUAUUUCUCACCAUGCUUCUUUUAGCUGUAUUAUCUCGCAGCUACUUAAAAGGACCACCGUGGACACGAGACGAGCUUCCUGCAGAGAGCGCACACCCUUUUUGUGUGUUUUGUGUCCUUAAAAAAAGCCACAAAAUGACUUUUGUUACCAAAUUGAAAGAAGAGAUCAUCGCCAAAUGAAAGACAAGACUAAGGCCUCACAGUUCCUUUUCAUUCAGACACAUGCACUGCACAAAGUCAGCCCUGCUGCGCUCAUGGACUAGUGUGAGGAAAUGGAAACUAAAAAGGAGAAACAAAGUAUGUUUGUGAUGUGAAAUUAGCUUGCACUAUGAUUUCAUGCUUAGGCGCCUUGGAAAUCAAGGCAUUGUCAACAUGCUCUAGGGGACGUUUCUAUAGCUUGACAGCUUUUCUGUAAGCUGUCACCUUUGGAAACAAAUAUGAUUCGGACAACGCUAUAUUUAUUUUAAAAAUAUUUAGUUACAUCAUCCCACGGAAUCAAAGCAGAUUGCUGGUGUGUUCUUUUGUAUUUUAUGGAGACUACUUUGAAAAUGGUAAUCUGCGGAGAGUUUAUCUGUGCGGUACUGUAGAGAAUGAGGUCUGUAAAUCUGGGGUUUAUACGCUGCAUGAAGGCUAUGUUGGUUCUUCAGUAUCUAAUCGCAUGAUGACUUCAAGUACAGUCAGACCUUUGUGACGUGGGUUAAUAAAGAUGCAGUCGACUG